AAGUGGAGGGAAUUCGAUGCGCGACCUUUGGCACUCUCCAGUGACGUCAUCACGCCUAUAAAUAGGCCGACAAUUGCAGCAUUUUGGAUAUUGUGUCAGCAACGCUCUGCGAAAUCACACGCACCUUCAAUCAAUCGUCAAUUGCGUUGCAAGCAACCUCUGAAAUCAUGUCUCUCCUUCCGUACAACUUCGGAGACUUCUCUGCUGCCCUGCCCCGACCCUGGGGAAUCAACCCCGAUGAUUUCUUCCCCCCAGCCAUGUACCCUGGCUUUGCCCCAUCCAUGGCCCUGCCUGGCUACGUUCGUCCUUGGCGCUUCACCAGUGGCCCUGAUAGCGGCUUCUCCAAAAUCAUCAACGACAAGGAAAAGUUUGAGGUCACCUUGGACGUGAAGCUGUACAAGCCAGAGGAAAUCACGGUGAAGAAUGCAGAAAAUGUCAUCACCGUGGAGGGCAAGCAUGAGGAGAAAGAGGAUGAGCAUGGUUUUGUCUCCAGACACUUCAAGCGCCGCUACGUGCUGCCCGAGAAUGUGGAGAUUGCCAAGUGCAAGGUGCAGCUUUCCUCUGAUGGCGUUCUCACCUUCAGCAUUCCCAAGAAGGCCUUGCCCGAUCCCAGCAAAAGCGGCCGCGUCCUUCCGAUCACCAAGACUGGGGUGCCUUCCGUGAAAGCUGCUGAGACCAAAAAGUAGGAGUUUCCGCACUUCCAACAACCCUUGCUCAAACUAAUCAGGUGUAAAAUUGGAGAAUAUAAUUGGUUUGCGGCCCAAUUAUUCAAAUGUUCAUCCAUCGAGUCUUGCAAUGUACUUCCAAUUUUUAUUAUUGAAAAUCAAGCCGUCAGGUUUAUUGUGAGGCUCAUUUCUGCCUCCAACUUUGUAGUAAUUAAAAACAAAAUUUAAUCAUAAUUUCCUUGUGCGCAAAAUAAAAUUCUAUGCAUUUGCUUUUUCUUGAUGGCUGAGUGAAAACUUUGUAAUGCAGAGAAUUGUAAGAAAUAAAAAUUAUUUUGUUUAUUGAAA